GCCGCCGCUGCUCCAGAGACCCAAGGGCCAAGGCAACAAAGUGCAAAACGGCUCUGUGCACCAGAAGGAUGGGCUGAAUGAUGAUGACUUUGAGCCCUACCUGAGCCCCCAGGCCCGCCCGAACAAUGCAUACACUGCAAUGUCUGAUUCCUACUUACCGAGCUACUUCAGCCCCUCCAUCGGAUUCUCCUACUCCCUAGGGGAGGCUGCCUGGUCCACGGGGGGAGACCCCCCCAUGCCCUACCUGACCUCGUACGGACAGCUGAGCAACGGGGAGCCCCACUUCCUCCCCGACGCCAUGUUCGGGCAGCCAGGGGCCCUGGGCAGCACCCCCUUCCUCGGGCAGCACGGCUUUAACUUCUUCCCCAGCGGGAUCGACUUCUCAGCCUGGGGCAACAACAGUUCUCAGGGACAGUCCACUCAGAGCUCGGGCUACAGCAGCAACUACGCCUACGCCCCCAGCUCGCUGGGGGGGGCCAUGAUCGACGGGCAGUCGGCCUUCGCCAGCGAGACCCUGAACAAGGCCCCCGGCAUGAACACCCUGGACCAGGGCAUGGCGGCCCUCAAGCUGGGCAGCACAGACGUGGCCAGCAGCGUCCCCAAAGUGGUGGGCUCGUGGGUCGCCCCCCGCAACCGCGGCGGCGGCUUCGGCCAGAACGGCGUGGACGGUAACGGGGUGGGGACGGCCCAGAGCAGCUCCGGCUCCCCUUCGGAGCCGCACCCGGUCCUGGAGAAGCUGAGGUCCAUCAACAACUACAACCCCAAGGAUUUUGACUGGAACCCGAAGCACGGGCGGGUGUUCAUCAUUAAGAGCUACUCCGAGGACGACAUCCACCGCUCCAUCAAGUACAACAUCUGGUGCAGCACGGAGCACGGCAACAAGAGACUGGACGCGGCCUAUCGCUCCAUGAACGGCAAGGGCCCCGUGUACUUACUGUUCAGCGUCAACGGUAGCGGCCACUUCUGCGGCGUGGCAGAGAUGAAAUCUGCUGUGGACUAUAACACCUGUGCAGGGGUGUGGUCCCAGGACAAGUGGAAGGGACGCUUUGAUGUCAGGUGGAUUUUUGUGAAGGACGUUCCCAACAGCCAGCUGAGGCACAUCCGCCUAGAGAACAACGAGAAUAAACCAGUGACCAACUCCAGGGACACUCAGGAGGUGCCUCUGGAAAAGGCUAAGCAGGUGUUGAAAAUCAUUGCCACCUACAAGCACACCACCUCCAUCUUUGAUGACUUCUCACACUACGAGAAACGCCAAGAGGAGGAGGAAAAUGUUAAAAAGGUAAUGUGUUCGUGGGGCUCGGACGAGUCCUGAGGGGCAGGAGGGGCU